UGAAAAUAAUUGUUCUGCACAAACAGAUUCUGAUAAUUACUAUACUAAUGACAACUAUUAUGUGAGUCUUUAUGCAGAAAAUACUAGUAAUAAUGUAUUCUACACAAUUUCAAGUAGUGGUGAGCUGAGUAAGCUUGUAGUUGGAGGCUGGGCAAAACAUUUAUAUGUUGAAACCUCUGUUCAAGUAAAGAGAGGAGACACAAGUAAUUCCAACUAUAAAAUCUCUAAAGUAGGAGACAAUCUCGUGGUUGCAGAUAUUACCUCUUCAUAUACAUUUAUCUACCUUGUCUAUCCAGAAAUAUUUCAAGACGUUUUCAGAUGGACAUUAUUUGGAACUGGUUUGGGAUUGUUGAUUCUCUCAUUUACUUUGACAUUUGUAUUUUUCAAAACUAGAAAGGCACUCUACAAGAAACAAAAUGCUGAAAAGCAAUUUGAAGAUACCCUUCUCAAGAGUGAAUUUAAUAUUUCAAAUUCUGUAGACUAUGAUGACAGCUUUAUGAUUAAAAUUGAAGAUUUGGAAUUCACAGAAAGAUUAUCUGAAGGUGGAUUUGCUAUUGUUUUCAAGGGAAGGUUUAAGGGAACAGAGGUUGCCAUCAAGAAAAUGAAAUUAUCAGAUGGGUACACCGAAGACCAAGAGUUAUUCCAAAAAGAAGUAUUUUUACUUAAAUCUUUAAGACAUCCAAAUGUAUUGUCAUUUAUAGGAGUUUGUAUUAGUACUAGUGGAGAUCUUAAACAUCAAUUCAUCAUUACUGAAUUUAUGGAAAAUGGAUCACUAGAUCAUUACACUAAAAAGCUUAAAGGAAAGUUCCUUAUAGAGCAAAAAUUGGACAUUUUGUUGGACAUUUGUAGAGGAAUGAUGUAUUUACAUUAUAAGGGAAUCCUUCACCGUGAUCUCAAACCUCAAAACGUCUUGAUUAACAGAGGGGGAACUGCCAAGAUUGGAGAUUUUGGUAUUUCAAGAGUUGCUGACGUUCAAGCAACAAUGACUGGGCACUGUGGUACAAUGGAAUUUAUUGCCCCAGAAUGUCUUCAAGAAGAAAGAUAUACUGAAAAAUGUGAUGUGUUUUCAUUUGCAAUAAUGAUGUAUGAACUUCUUUUUGAGUGUAAACCAUAUGAGAAUCAAGAUUUUAACUUAUUUACCAUUGCCUUAAAGGUUAUUAAUGGUUUAAGACCAGUAGUACCUUUCAAUACCGAAGAUCCAAAAGCAUUCGAGAAAUUUACUGAUACCAUCCUGACCAAACAUCCAAAAACAUAUAUUGCCUCUGUAGUUGUUGAUUAUAUCAGUUUAAUGAAGGUAUGCUGGUCUGCUCUUGACACUGAGAGACCAUCUUUCGAAGAAAUAUUUGAAAGUAUCAAAGAAUUCAGACAAAGAAUCGAAUACCAAUAAAUUAUUUAUUUUU